AUGGGCGAAGACACGCCAGGGACAGAAGAAGCUAAGAAGAUCAAAAAGGAAAACGACACAACCUACUACUUCCUUAUCCAAUCUGUGACGGGGACAGCCUUUCCGUACGUCGAGAACGCGAACGGUCAUGCGCGUACGGCGUGGAAAAAUCUGUGCAAACAAUACACACCUGAAGAAGAAGACUUGGUGGACCUUGAGUCGAGAUUUGUCAAAUGCAUUUUGACCAAUACUCAGAAGGAUCCGGAAGAAUGGUUUAACAAUAUUGAAUACCUGAACGCUCAAGUCGAGAAGAUCUCCAAGCAGAGCAAGACAUCUGAAAUUCAGUUAAAGGCUCAUGUCAUCGCGAACUUACCAAGCGAGUACUCGGAGGUCAUAACGGCAUCUGUUGUUCAGUCCAGUGAACAAUCCCACAAAGUGCCAGCUCAUCAUUGA